AUGGAGGCAAAGAUCCAGAUGUCAUCGCUGGAAGACUGCACCCUCCAGCUGUCUCCCAGUGGAAACUAUCUGGACCUGGACUCUUCUCUGGCUGAGCAGCGAGACGAGCUGGAGAGCUUCUAUGAAGAUGUGGCGAAAGGAAGGAAGCCCAUCCUGAUUCUGAGGACUCAGCUCUCUGUUCGUGUUCACUCCAUCCUGGAGAAACUUUACAACUCCCAGGGUCCAGAACUCCGGCGGUCCCUCUUCUCUCUCAAACAGCUCUUCCAGGAUGAUAAAGACCUGGUUCCAGAGUUCGUGGCCUCUGACGGGCUGACGUGCUUCAUUAAAGUCGGGGCGGAGGCCGACCACAACUACCAGAACUACAUCCUGAGAGCUCUCAGUCAGAUCAUGCUGUUUGUGGACGGCAUGAACGGAGUGAUCAACCACAACGAGACGGUGCAGUGGCUGUACACGCUGACGGCAAGUUCGUCUCGCCUGGUGGUGAAAACUGCCCUGAAGCUGCUCAUCGUCUUCGUGGAGUACUCGGAGUCCAACAGUCCUCUGCUCAUCAGAGCCGUCAACACCGUGGCUGGACAGAGAGGUGUGAAGCCAUGGAGUUAUAUGAUGGAGGUCCUGGAGGAGAGGAACGGCGCCGACACGGAGCUGCUCGUGUUUGCCAUGACACUCAUCAACAAGACUCUGGCGGCGCUCCCGGACCAGGACUCGUUCUACGAUGUGACGGACAAGCUGGAGCUGCUGGGGAUGGAGGCCGUCAUCCGCAAACACAUGAACAACAAGGGAACAGAGUCAGACCUGCGGAUGCAGUUCGCCAUAUACGAGAACGGCACCGUGGACACGGAGCAGGGAACAAAAACGCCGCCAAGCCCGAGUCGCUCUUUCCUCAGCCACCACAUGUCGUCUCUGGGUCUAAGCAGGAAGUCCAGGUUCUUCUCCAAAACCAGCUCCAUCUCUGAGGAGCAUCGAGCCGACUGCAGGUCUGUAGCACUGAGACCGACCUCAGACCUGCAACCAGGACUCCUGCCUGUCUGCUGUCGACUAACAAACGCUCUGCAGUCAUGCUCGUGCUCCCUGCAGCACUCUGUCCGCUGCCAUGCCUUCAGUCCCUUUAGUAUUCACAAUCACUGUCAUUAUUUACUUUACGUUGUAUUUGCACAAUCACAGACCAAUAACACACGUUUCUCACUAUCAUGUAUAUUUCUCAUACCACACAAGCUUAAGGCAACUAUUGUGCAAACUGGUGUAGCUGAACUUUUAGCUUUCAGUCUGACUCACCGUGGACUUGGUCACAUCCACUCUGCUGUCCACAGCUCUAAUUCCCAGUCGAAUCCACAGCAGCUCGACAACAAGACGGAGCCCAAAACUAAAGCGAACUCUGGGGAGGAUGAGGAGCUCUUCUGCCCAGUUGACUGUAAUGUAAAACAGGACAAGCCGGUGCUGAGGAAGUUUGAAGACGCCUUCCUGCGCAUCCUGGCUGUCCAACAGUGGAAGCGAAAGACUAAAGACUUGAGCGAGAUUAAGUUGCCCUCACUUGCUGUAACGUCAACUUUGGAGGGGACGGCGGACGAGGGCGCAGCCGAAGUGCCGUCACGUCACGGUAAAGCUUCACAUUACAGUCACAGAGCUGCACACAGCCUCCUGAUCCCCUCUGCAGCUGCAAACACCAAUAAAGAAGAGAGGAGCUUCGUGCCUGCAGGUGACGAUGUGGCUGCUCGCGGUCGUGUGACUGAGCGUCUGUCCAGCUUCAAAGCGCGCUCGGCAGAGCCCUCCACCUCCAAAGAGAGCAGCGCCUCCCGCAGGGCAGAGCUGGAGAGUCUGGAAGGCUCAACGCAGGCGGCACGAGCCCGACUGGCUGAAGAACAGAAGCGUUCCAUCCGGCAGCAGAGCAGCAUCGACGCCGAGGCGCACAUCGGCAGUCUGGACACCACCCAGAUGACCCCGCUAGGCCCCGGCAGCUCCACCGACGCCUGGGACCAGCUGCAACCGAGCGCCGCCGCCCUACGCAUCAAGGACCUGGACUUUUCUGACCUGCUGGACGAGGAGGACAUCGAUGUCCUGGACAUAGACACCUUGGACUGCUCCACUUCAUCCUUCACCCUCUCUGGAAUCUCUCCCCCUCCUCCUCCCCCUCCUGGCAUGCCGGGGGCUCCUCCCCCUCCUCCUCCACCGGGAGGUUUUGCACCCCCUCCUCCUCCACCUCCUCCACCGGGAGGCCUCGCACCCCCUCCUCCUCCACCUCCACCAGGUGUCCCCCCUCCUCCUCCACCUCCACCAGGCGUCCCCCCUCCUCCUCCUCUUCUUGGUGCCUCUCAGAAGAAGAAGAAGACGGUGAAGCUGUUCUGGAAGGAGCUGAAGCAGGCAGACGGACCGAAGAAGUGUCGCUUCGGUCGGGGGACGGUGUGGGCGUCUCUGGAUAAGGUGGCGGUGGACACCGCCAGCCUCGAGCAUCUGUUUGAGUCCAAAGGCAAGGAGCUCGCUGUAACCAAGAAAGGACCGGAGACCAAGAAGACUGAGAUUCUGGUUCUGGACUCAAAGAGGAGUAACGCCAUCAACAUCGGCAUGACCGUCCUGCCAGCGAUCCACGUCAUCAAGUCGGCCAUCCUCAGCUUCGACGAGUUCGCCAUUAGCAAAGAGGGCAUCGAGAAGAUCCUGACCAUGACCCCCACAGAGGAGGAGAAGCAGAAGAUCCAGGAGGCUCAGCUCGCCAAUCCCGACCUCCCUCUGGGCACAGCAGAGCAGUUCCUGCUCACCCUGGCCUCCAUCAACGGCCUGACCCCCCGCCUUCAGCUCUGGGCCUUCAAACUGAACUACGAGGCUCUGGAGAAGGAGAUAGCCGAACCGCUGUUUGACCUGAAGCUCGGCAUGGAGCAGCUCGCCUCCAAUCAGACCUUCAGAAGAAUCCUGGCGACGCUGCUCGCCAUCGGAAACUUCCUCAACAGCUCCAACGCUAAAGGCUUUGAGCUGAGUUACCUGGAGAAAGUGGUGGAGGUGAAGGACACGGUUCACCGUCAGUCUCUGCUUCAUCACACCUGUAACCUGGUGGUGGAAAACUACCCAGAAUCCUCUGACGUCUACUCUGAGAUCCCCGCCAUCACCCGCUCGGCCAAAGUGGACUUUGAGCUGCUGUCGGAGAACCUGGUCCAGCUCGAGAGACGCUGCAAAACAUCAUGGAACAACCUGAAGGUGGUGGCCAAACAUGAAACCAAAGCGGCGCUGAAGAACAAACUAACGGACUUCCUGAAGGACUGCACGCAGAGGAUCAUCAUCCUGAAGGUCGUCCACAGGAGAGUCAUCAACAGGUUCCACUCCUUCCUGCUGUUCCUGGGUCAGCCGUCGUCUUCGGUCAGAGACGUCAAGGUGACGAAUUUCUGUCGGAUCAUCAGCGAGUUCGCUCUGGAAUAUCGAACCACCAGAGAGCGAGUGCUCACCAUCAAACGGAAACGCGCAGCUCACCGAGAGCGCACCAAGACCCGAGGAAAGAUGAUCACCGAGACGGAGAAGUUUUCAGGGGCGGUGUCACAUCCGGACAGCCCGUCCCCCGUUUCUAUGGCAGCGGAGGCAGACCAAGAUCAGGAGGAGCAUGAGAACAUGAAGAACCUGCUGAUCAGUCGCAGCAGCACCCUGAACUGUGAUCAGAGAGGCCUGAGGCGCUCCCGAGCCAUCCGCAGUCUCGGCAGGGUGGAGCCGACCAAGAUGUCUUUAGCCAAAGACGACGAGACGAGCUCCCAGGACGACGCCACAGAUGAGAUCAUGGACAGACUCGUCAAGUCUGUUACCCAGAAUCCCUCCGGCAGGUCGUCCAGCCCCAAGAACCGCAAGCGGUCCCGACUGAAUAGGAAGUCACUGAGGAGGACUCUGAAGAGCGGCCUCAGUGUGGACGUGGUUCAGGCUCUGGGACUCAACAACAAG